AUGCAGCGGCAGCUUAUGCCAUCAUGCUCCCAACGGAACAUCAUACUAAAAUCGCUAAGUGAUGCUUUCCAGUGUAUUCUGUUCGAACCGCCCGACGCCGACUUCUGUUCCUUUCACAAGCGAUUUCUGGAUCUCUCUGCCAAGUUGAAUCACAGGAGGCGUAUGUAUAUUAUGUUAAACACUGAAUUGGAUGCUGGAGCGGCCAGUUGCGUGGUGGAGUUUCUGGAGAGCCUCAACCAAGUAGUCCCUCAAUUUCUAGUGGACAUGGCAGAAACAGCCGGCGAACCAGCUAUGGAAACACAGGAGUCUUCCUCGUCAUCAUCAGGAGAAUGA